AAGAAAACGGUUACCAAAACCAAAAACCGAAGCCGAAAACCUCUGAAAUGAGACUCCUCAUUCUCGCUGCUGCCGCCGUCCUCCUCCUCCUCCGAGUCUCGGCCACCAGGGCCGCCCGCAGGGAGCUGGUCGGGGGCUGGAACCCGAUAAAUGACCUGAGCGACCCUUAUGUGGGGGAGAUUGCUGACUUCGCUGUUAAGAAGCACAGUGAAGAGGCCAAGAUGGGGCUGGUGCUGGAGAAGGUGGUGAAGGGGGAGACGCAGGUCGUGUCGGGGUCGAACUACAGGCUCGUCAUCGAGGUCAAGGACGGGGCUGAUACCAAGUGCUUCGAGGUCGUCGUUUUUGACAAGCCGUGGGAGCAUGUUAGGAGUCUCACGUCCUUCGAGCCCGUUCAGGGCAACGUGUGAGGUCGUGUUGUUAACCCUUUUAGUGAUUUGAGAAUAAAACAAGAUCUGGUUUUCAUUUUGGGAAUUGAAA